UCGAUGCUCUUCAGUUGUUCUUCACUAGCUACCAAAAAAGCUGGUAGCUUUGAUAAACGAGAGGGACAAGAAAAAACAACAAAAACAACAACAACCCCUUCCCCUUCUCCAACCUCUACUACUUCUCAUUCCCCUCUUUUAUUUUAUCCUCAAAAUUCUCAAAAUAACUUAAAUAGAACAACAAGUCCAAAAUCAGUAGAUUCUCUUUUAAAAAAUAAAUUUAAUUGGAAAAAACUUGGAAAAGAAUCAUUAAUUAAAACUUUAAGUGCAGAACAAAUAAAUUUUUAUUUAACUGCAAGUGAAUCUGAAAAACAAAAAGAAAGACUUAGAGAAGCUAAAGAAGCAAAAGAAAUUGCUAGGAAAUUAUUAAGUAUGGAUGAGGACGGUGAACAACAGCUUAAUACUGGAGGAACUUCGAGUGAUGAAGAAAAAACACAAUUUUACUGGGAUCCAAAUGGAGAGGCAUUCUACACAGACGAUACAUAUAAUUUGCUUUUUGGAAAUAUGGAAGGUGCUGGUGGUGGAAUAUCGAGAUUGGGGAGAACUCAAGAGGAUUUGAAUAGAUGCAGAAUGAGAAUUGAUGCAAAUGUUGAAAAUCAAAAAGAAUAUUCAGAAAAUAUUGCAACAAUGCAUAAAAAGAUAAUUGAAUAUCGUAAAAACAUUAAAGAUUUGGAAAGAAAACUUGGACUUCAAAAAGGACAUCAACCAUUAACUACAAUAGAAACUCCAAUAUCUUUUUUAGGAGAUUCUGGGUUUUUAGGAGAUGGAACAACUUUAUGGAGUGGAAGGGAAACAAUUAAUAUUAAUUAUGAAAAUGUUUUAAUGAAAUUGGAUGAUGAAAGAAGAAGAUGUGAAGAUUUAAGAAUGGAAUUAGAACAGGAAAGAAUGCAAAGUGAACGUUUUCAAAGUGAGAUUAUGGAAAUACAAAGGGAAUUUGAAAGGGAAAUAAGAGAAAAGGAUCGUCAACAUAAAAAUAAAGAAAAGAAUUUAACUGAAUAUCUGAGAGACGAACAAAAAAAGGUUUUGGAUGUUUGGACAGAACUUAAACGAGUUAGAAGACAAUUUGUUGAUUUAAGGGAACAAACAGAAAGAGAAUUAGAUAAUCAAAAGGAAGAAAUAACAAGAUUAUUAAAAAAUAUAAGAAUAAAUGGAAUUGAGGGAGGAGGAGGGAAGGUUUUUACUGAUGAAAAAAUUAUUUUUGAAAUUAUACGAAGAAUUAAGGACGGAAAAGGAGGGAGGGAAAUAUUUGAUUAUGAUGGCAAAAUUAAAACAGAAAGUGGCGAAGAAAUAAAUUCGGAAUUAUAUAAAGAAUUAAUUAAAAAAUACGAAGAUGUACUUGAAAGAAAUAUACAAUUCGAAUCAAGUAAAGAUGAAAAUGCACGUCGUGUAAGUGAAUUAGAAGCUGAGUUGCGUGCCGCAAAAGAAAAAUUGAGUGGUUAUCAAAAUGCAACAAGAAAAAUCUACGAAAUUUGUUCAAUAAAUUCCUCAACUGAAGGUGUUCGUUCAAGAUCUCUUUCCCCACCAAAAAUAAACCCUUUUGAUGCUGUAAGAAAUGUCCAAAAAGCUUUACAAAAAAGGGAUAAUGAAAUACAACAAUUGGGGGAAAAAUUGAGAGGAAUUGAAAGAUUACAAAUUGAAUUAAAUACAAAAUUAGCUAAAAAUGAAGAAACAAAAAGGGGAAUUGAAAGGGAUAUUAUUUCUAUGAGAAGAAAUAUACAAGAACUUGAACGAAGUUUGGAUGAAUCAGAAAGGGAGAGAAGGCGGUUAGAUGACAAAUACAAAAUGUCAAUGAGUGAUUUGGAUGCUUCUGAAGCGUCAAAGAAAAUUUUGGAAAAUGAAUUGAAUUUAAUUAAACAACAAAUCGAAAAAAUUGCUGGAGAGGAAAAGAGAAAGGCUAGAGAAGAAAUUGAACAAUUUAAGAAUGAUUUAGAAAGUGAUUAUUCUAAUAGAAUAGAAGAAUUAAAUAUAAAAAUAAAAUCCUUACAAGAAGAAAAAAGAAAUAUAAAAAAUGAAUUAAAUUUAAUGCAACAACAAAUUAAAGAUUAUGAAAUUAAAGUACAAACAUUAAAACAAAAAUUUGAAGAAAAAGAAAUUCAAUAUGAAAUAAUGGAAAAACAAUUAAAACAAUUGAAUGAAGAAUUAAAAUCUAAAAAAGAAGAAAUAGACAAUUUAUUAUCAAAAUUAGAAGAAUUAAAUAAAAUAAAAGAACAACAAACAAAAACAAUAAAUGCUUUAGAACAAAAUCUGAGAGAAUUAAAACAACAAAGAGACGAACAGAAUUCAUUAAAAGAAGAUGCAAUAAAGAAAUUAGAAAAUUCAAAGCAAAUAAUAAAUACAGAAAUUGAAAAAAGAGAAAAGUUGGAACGUGAAAAGGAAUUGACAAACAAAGAAAUUGAGAAUUUAAAAAAUGAAAUAAAUAAUUUACAAAAAGAAAUUAAAAGUUUAAGAAUAACAAAUGAUGAAUUAGAAGCAAAAUUAAAAACACAACAAGCGAGAUUAUUGGCUUUAGAAAAUGAUUUUUCGUCUGGACAGAAGGAAAUGGAAAUUUUAAUUGAAUUAAAUGAAAGAUUGCAGAGAGAGCGACAGGAAAUACAAAAAGAAAAACAGGAUGUAGAUAAUGAAUUGGCCAAUUUAAAAGAGCUAGUAAGGAAGUCGGAACAAGAAUUGGAAAAAUUAAGAAAUGAAAAUUCGACAUUACAAGGAUAUGAGGCUAAAUCAAGAGAAGAAAUGGAUACCCAGAAAAAUCAAAUUAAUCAACUUGAAAAUGAUUUAAAGGAAAAAGAAGGAAGAAUAAAGGAAUUAGAAGAUGAGUUAGCACAACUUGAAAAACAUUAUAAAGAAAGGCAUAAAAAAGCGGCAUGGAAAAUAGGUGGAGGAGGAGGAAAGGGAACAACAGCAACAGAUGAAACUGGAAUUGGAACAGAAGAAAGUUUUGGUAAAGAGGAGGAGGAAGAAGGAGUGGAAGGAGAUGGAGGGAAAGUACCGACAGAAAUAUAUGAUUUAGAAUUAGUUGAAAGAAAAAUUAAAGAAGUUGAGGAUAAAUGGAAAAUAAAAAUUGGACAAAUUGAAGAUGAAAAGGAUAAAUUAGAAAAACAAAAUAGAGAACUUGAAGAUAAAUUAAUUCAAUUACAACAAGAAAAUGAAAGUCAAAUUGUUGAAAUUGAAAAUUUAAAAAAAAAAUUACAAGAAGAAGUUGAUCGUUUAAUGAGGGAAAUUAAUGAAAUAAAUGAACGAAAUAAUAAUGAAUUUGAAUCAGAAAGGGAAACACAUAAAAAUGAAUUGGAAGCACUCAAACGUGAUAAAGAGGAAUUAAGACUUAAACUUGAGCAAGUUGAACAAAGACUAGCAGAGGCAUUAAAUGCUAGAGAUGAAUUUGAUAAAGUAAAACGUGAUUUAGAAAAUCGUUUACAAGAAUCUUUAACAAAAAAUCAAAAAUUAAAAGAUGAAUUAAUUGAUGCUAAAACAGAUGCAGAAAAGGCAAGAAAAAAAUUUUUUGUUUUUUAAUAAAUUUAAAGGAAAUUCAAAA